GGCACAAGCUGGAUGCGGUCUCCCGCGCGCUCCGGUGAUGGCUAGCCACGUACAAAGCGUCCCAGACUCUCACAAGUUCGCCCUUGUAGGUGCCACUCCGCGGAGCAGCCGUUCACCGGCGCCGUCAGGCUCGACGCCACACAGCGCAACUCCCAAAGCGAUGGGACACCGUGGUGCGAGUUUCCGCAUGCCGUCCAUCGCCCUGGCGGACGAAUCCUCCGACAAGACUAGCAUGCUCGGUGGGCAGCUCAUGUCUGGCACGACGACUGCGUCGAUAGUGGCCAAGUUGACCCAGAACACCAUAUAUGGUCUCAUUAAUGCCAUCCUCGCCAUCCCGACCAUGUACGGGUAUGCUGCAAUCAUCUUUAGCCACCCGGACUUUGCCACAUUCAUGCCGAUCUUGACCAAACUCGUCAUGUUGUCGAGUGUGGUGCAUCAAAUCAUGUUCAGUUUGCUCAGUUCGUUGCCGUUUGCGAUCGGUCAAGUGCAGGACGCUGGGUUGAUAUUUCUCAGUGCAAUCGCGACCUCCAUUUGCGUCAAACUCGGCCCGGACGCGUCGCUCGAGGCCAAAGUGUCGACGACUGUCGUCACGAUUGGGCUGUCGACAGCUUUGCUUGGGAUCACGUUGGUGGCCCUUGGUAAAUUCAAGCUUGCCGGGCUCGUGUCGUACCUUCCCAUGCCGGUCGUCGGCGGGUACUUGGCGUACAUCGGUCUCUUUUGUCUCUUUGCCGGCCUCUCUUUGUGCACGGGCCUUGUGGUGAACGAUUUUGCGUCGACGGUGCAGCUCGCGACGUGGAACAAUAUCAUCUUGUGCCUCCCUGGCGUCCUUGGAGGCUACCUCUUCCUCGUCGUGUCACAAAAGUGCGACGACGCGUUCUCUCUCCCGGGGGUUAUCGUCGGCGUCCUCUUCGCGUUCUACGUGCUCCUGUUCGGGUUCGGGUACUCGAUGGAAGAUGCGCGGGAUGCUGGGUGGGUCGGCCAACUCACACCAGACGCCAACUUCUCCGACAUGCUGUCGUUGUUUUCGUUCAAGGAUGUGCAGUGGCACGUAAUGCCGUCGCAAGUAACCACGUGGCUCGGCAUGACGUUUGUCGUCGCGUUUGGAUCGUGUCUGGAUGUGGCCGCCAUCGAGAUGGACAUGGGCCAGAAGCUCGACUUGAAUCACGAACUCACGAGCGUGGGAUGGUCGAACUUUGUGUCGGGCCUUCUCGGCGGGUACACGGGGUCGUACAUUUUUUCCCAAACCAUCUUCACGUACCGAUCAAAGACCAAUUCGCGCGUCGUUGGGCUGGUGGUGAUCCUGAGUGAGUUUGCGUUGGUCGUGAUGCCCACGGGGCUGCUCAGCUACGUCCCGCGCUUCUUCUUUGCCGCCACGCUCAUCUUCAUCGCCAUCGACCUCAUGAUUGAAUGGCUCGUGCUGGUUUACCACAAAGUUCUCUUACGCGAGUACCUCGUGCUGUGGCUGUCGUUCAUUGCGAUCAACGUGGUCGACCUCGAGGGCGGCAUGGUGAUUGGGAUCGGGUUUGCCAUCAUGAACUUUUUCGUCGGGUACUCGCAAGUCCGCCAAGUCCAACGCGUGCACAAGCGGAGUGCCGCCGUCCGCAACUUUGUUUCACGCACGAUCAUUGCGGAAAAGCGCGACUCGAUCGUGUUCUUGGAGCUCCACGGGUAUCUGUUCUUCGGGACUGCUGUCCACAUCGUGAACGACGUCAAGAAGGAGCUGCGUGUGCUGGUCGAACCUUCCAAGGGCCUUCGACCGUACGGCGCCGUCGAAAGCGGCGACACACAGGUCACCCUGGAACAUCUCGACGGCACGCCACUUGCACCAUCCGAGUCGACGAACCGACUGCCCACCCGGUACUUGGUCCUGGACUUUAAGCGCGUGACGGGUAUGGACGCCACCGCCGCGCGAAGUUGCUUUUUGAUUCUCCGCGAGCUGUGUGCGAGCCACCGCAUCGACGUCUUGUACGCGAACGUCCUGCCGGAGAUUCAAACGCUUCUCCUGAACAACGAGAUCGCAGACGACACGAGCUUCCACCGGAACGGCGACGCCGCCGUCGAACACUGCGAGACCGACAUCGUGCUCAACUCGCGGUCCAGCUCGUUUUUCCGCCCGAACGUGACGCUGCCGCUGCUGCUGAAUCGGUUCGUCGGCCGUCCGGACGACAGCCCGUUUUUCGACCCGUUGGCGGAAUAUUUUACCAAAGUCAUGGUCAGCCACGACCAUGCGUUUUACAAGAUUUCCGACGUGUCCGGGGCAUUGUAUAUCCUGGCUGCGGGCGGAGUCGACCUGUACAUGAACAAGGACGGAAGCGUUGACCACGGCGAAAGCGCGUCGAUCACCAUGUUGGAAAAAGUGUGUGUCGGGGGCAUGUUUGGCGAAGUGGACUUUUUCCUCGACCAGCCGCGGCACAUGUCGGCGCGAUCGAACCACGACUCGACGGUGUACUGCUUGACGCGGGAAGAGUACAUGCGCAUGAAGACCGAGCAACCGGUGCUGUGGAACGAGCUCCGCGAUUUGAUCAUGCGGUCCAUGGCGCUUACUAUCGGCAACAACAACUGGCUCGCCAUGUAAACACGUCAUCAUCAUCAUACAUCCUCGUGGAAGUCUC